AUGGAGAGGUUUAAAAAGCUAGAAGCACUUGGGGAUGGUUCAUUCGGCCUUGUCUUUAAGGCUGAAGACUGACAAACAGGUGAAAUAGUGGCUGUAAAAAAGUUCAAAAAGAAGUACUCCCAAUGGGAAGAAUGCAUGAAAGAUCCUGAAGUAAAAACCCUUCUACAAUUAGUACAUCCCAAUAUUGUCAAACUUAAAGAGGUCAUAAGACAGAGUGACUUCAUGUUCAUGAUAUUUGAGUACAUGGAUAAAGACCUGGGGAGACUCAUGGGUGAACGGAUGGCAACCCCCUUCUCUGAACAAGAGAUAAAGACCAUUAUGCUCCAGUUACUAAAAGCAGUUAAUUAUAUUCAUGAGAAUAAAUACUUUCAUCGAGACUUAAAGCCUGAAAACAUUCUUGUUCAUGGAGAUACGUUUAAAAUAUCAGACUUUGGUCUAAUCAGGUAAGAUCUCAAGCUUUUCUCCCAAGACUGAAUAUGUCAGCACUAGGUGGUACAGAGCCCCUGAAUGAGUACUCAGAUCGAGGAAUUAUAGUCAAGAAGUUGAUAUCUUUGCACU